AUGCCACGGGGAGAGGAGUUCUCGGUUGAUUUAAAGAAGAUGUUUUAUCGAGUAAUCCAGUUCGUAGACUCGGAAAAAGACGGAGUACAAAUUCCUCUGACAAGUACAACAGGACGCAUCAUGGCUCUAAUUGGAAUCGGCGAAAGAACAGUGAAAACUCUUCGAAGCGAGCUUCAUCAGCUGAAACAAGAAAAGACAGUGGAAUUACCUAUUGACACUCGCGGCGAAGAGCCACCAACUACCCCUCGUCUUCGAACGCGAUCCGCUCUCGCCGUCUCACCACCUGUUGCAGUAUCACCAUGGGCCACCGGAAGCAGAACAGUGAAGCGGACCUGGUCGGCCAGUCACGUCGCUGCUACAACGACCAUUGAAGUUCCCACGCCUCCACCGCCGCAAAAGAAAGGCUGUUCUGGGCGAUGGAGAGUUGUCUUGAGUGAAGCCGCUGAUGAUGUCAUACGUUUGCAUUUCGCCCUAAUUCUCGUAAGACAAAAUUCUUUAUUAUCGAUAACGGAGUGA